GACCCUAAGCAUAUAUCACAACAAUAGUUAUACAAUUUCCAGUGAUCCCAAAUGGCAUAUCCCAGUUCCAGUUCAUGCCAACCAUUAGCUAACCCUGUUUCCAUCAUCAGCUCUCAUUUUUGUGCUCCUUACCCCAUUGAUCUCGCUAUCAUAAGGAAGGUUUUAACCAUAAGUGAUGGGAACUUCGUAGUUACUGACAUCAAUGGCAAUAUUGUUUUCAAGGUUAAAGGAGCUUUUCUAUCCGUCCAUGACCGACGGGUGUUGCUCGACGGUGCUGGGAAUCCCAUCGUCACUCUCAAACAAAAGUUAAUGAGUGCACAUGAUAGAUGGCAAGUCUUCAAGGGAGAUAGCACGGAUUCAAGUGAUCUUUUGUUUUCGGCUAAACGAUCUUCCAUGUUCCAGUUAAAGACCAAAUUAGAUGUGUUUUUGGCAAACAACACAAAGGAGGAAGUUUGUGAUUUUAAGGUUAAAGGGAGUUGGUUGGAAAGGUCUUGUGUUGUUUAUGCCGGAGAGUCUUCCACCAUUGUUGCCCAAAUGCACAAGAAGCACACUGUUGAAAGCAUACUGAUAGGGAAGGAUAAGUUCAUGGUGACGGUUUAUCCCAACAUUGAUUACGCAUUCGUUGUAGCCCUUAUUGUGAUUCUUGAUGGGAUAAAUAAGGAGAAUAGUUCAGGAUCAGGAGGAGAUUUCGAUUUUCUUGGUGGGAUAAAUUAGAAAUCUUAUCCAACAAUUAACGCGUGAUGUAUUGAUAGAAAACGUUGGUUUCAUAGGGUUUUAAAUUGAUACUCAAUCUGAAGAAAUCUUCACUCUCUUGUUUUGUAUUCCUCUGCACAAAGUUGAGUGGAUAUUAUUUGUUGAAUGUAAAAAAAAGUAUACGUUUUCAUACGGCAGUGAUCAAGUCAAUUUGCCUAACCUUGUUAAAUAA